AUCGUACUGAAACCUCAAAGAAAAGCAACAACACCAGGUAACAAUAUAUAUGUAUAUAAUGUUUGUUGACGACUUUAACCUCGGUCUUAUAGUUCAUUUAUUUGAUGUAAGUUUUAUUUGCCAUACAAACUCUUGAACAUUUCACAUAGAAACUCUCAUAUCACGCCUGGGCAAUCUGUGAGUUCUGGUAAUUAGACUAGACAGUUGACUCGAUGUAGACUAAGCUAGACUGGAUGGAUAGAUAAAAAAACUAAACUGAUAAAACGGUUAUCCAGAAACUUAAAGCCUUUCUCGAGCUUUUUCAAAAUUUCUAGGCAAUAUUUAUUCCUUAAUGCGAACAGUUUAUAUUUUAUUGAAAAAAGUCGUUUUGUGCCUCGCUGGGUGCCUCUGAUACAUUUAUUCUUGUAUCCUGCUAUUACGUAAGGUUACCAAAAAGUUCAUCGCCUAAAUAUCUCCUGGGUUACCUGAUAGAAACUGAAUAUUGAUUUAAAAAUAACCCAUGGGUCAAAAUAAUGGUUUUCUUUACAUAUAUAUUUUUUUAUAUUUUAAAAACCACUAGAAAGUACGGGAAGAACUUGCCUGAAAUGUGCAGAAAAAAAUUGUUUCCUGGGGCAAAUAUGACAGCCGAUUUUCGUGGGAGAAAAUGUCAGAUUGCCAAAAUUUUAUCCCAAGCAAAAUUUUGUGCUAUAUUUUCUGGGUAUAUGCUGUUGACUGGGAAGUAAAACAAAAAUCAAAAAUGAAAAAUGUCAAAGAAAAAAAAAACUUCAAAUCCUUUCGUGAAGACUUUGAUUGGUUUUCUGUUGCAAUCUCAGCCAAUCAGAAUAGAGAUAGCGAAUUGUAGCUUCUUUUUAAAAUGGCGGCAAGGUGCGGGUUAUUAAUAAUAACCUAGCGGGCGCUCUUUUUACUAGAUAAAACAUUUUAAUAGCUGCUUGUGUUCACUUCUGUGAUGUGUUUAGAAAUGAGGAGUUUGUUGAGAUUUUUGAACUGCUUUCGCCCUCUUGAAGGCUUGAAAUCUGUUUGCUAGUUUCAAACAGCUGAAAAUAUAGCAUGGAUAGACCCUUCACUCAAAGUUCAGAUGGCGCAAAGGACAACGAGAAUAAUUGUUCUGCUGUAAAAGGGAGUACAGAAGGAGGAGAAAGAAGAGGUGAAACAGACCUAACAGUUAUUCCAAUGCAUAUAAUUUCAAACGGCGAAGACAAGGAUUUGGAAAUCAUUGCGCUACAUCCGGAAUGCGGACCAAAGCUGCAUGGUGACGAUACAAUGACCGGAGCAAGUUUAGUUGAAGGUGAUGGUUUUCUUUUAUUUACUGAACUAACGUACGCAGUGUAUUCAAUGAACAAAGAAAUGAGUAUGUUUACGUAUAGGUAUAUGUGUUGUCUGGAGCAAUUUUCCGAGCGAGCAACUUCAUUGUCGUACUCAUGUAGAUUACCACAUGUCGAUUCGCGUAAAACAAAAAAAUUUAAGAAAGCUUCACUUUCAUACAACGAAUUAAAUAAAAAGUUUUCACGCGAGAUCUUUCGAAAACGAAACGUGGUAGAAAAAAAGGGAAGUAUUUACUAAUACACUUUUAGGGAAAAUAAAAAUAAAAUGAAAAAAUUUUGCCUUGCAGAGUGGCCCACGUGUUUGCCUUCUCCUGAAUUACGUAAGCAACUGACUGUCAAUAUUUCGAAAUUGUAAACACUGAAGUCUAGUAUUUGCUCUCGAUUAAAUUAAAUUUUGUUUGGGUUUACCUUGAUUUCAAAAAAUGUCGUGGUGGUAUUAAAUGUUCUUUAGACAUUGUUUAGACAGUAUUAUCUAAUCUUUUGACGGGAAGAUCUCGCAUUGUCCUAAUUACCCACAGACAGUUUUUUUCCCACUAUUUUUGUUAUUUGUUGUUACCUACGGUUAGGAUAAUAAGGAAUGAAUUAUAAAAUAAAAGAAACAUUAGCAACCUAAUUAACUGAAAAGUUACUGUUUGAAGAUAUGUUUUAUUUCGUAAUAACCCUGCCUUCAUUUAAAUAACUUUAAAAUUAAUAUUCAGAUUCUGUUGAGGAAGAUGGUCCUGACACUUCUUUGAUGCUGUCAAAUCACCAAGUGAGUGAUGUUUUACUGUCUUGUUAAAGAUGACAUCCUCAUUUAAUUUUCUGUGAGUAUGAGGCUGAUCAGGCCCCUCACAAUGUCAACAUCUAAAAAAUUAAAUAUCAAAAAUGAUUAAAUUAUUAAAACUGACAAAACAAGAAAGGAAAGCAAAUAUGAAGAAUUUAUUUGCACACCUCUACCCUGCGAGCAGAGGUUCAUUUCUGGCAUGGCUUUUAGCAUUUGCAAAGUUGUUCGCAGGGUAGCAAACCAAACAAUAAAAACAAAAAAAUUACUGGUAAUAGGACUGAGUGAAAUCAAAUAAUUCCCUUUUUUGUCAUCGCAAGUGAUGAAAGAAAAAUUAAUAUAAUGGCUGUAUGGUAGGAUUGUAAAACUGGAAACAACUUCUUUCAUGGAAAUGAAGAUCACAUAUUUCAAGCAUCCAGGUGAUUUUAUAGUCUCUUUCGCAGCCAUUUUUAGGCUCGUCACACAACGCUCCUCCCCACAAGUUGCGUGACGAGCCUAAAGACGGCUACGAAGAAGACUAGUGAUUUUACAACUCAAAAGAAAAAUAAUGUCUUUAAAUUCUAGAUAGGUAAUCAUUCCCAUUCCCUUAAUUUGUAUUGUAACAAGCAAUAAUUGCCAAGAGAGAGAGAGUUACUUACUAACAGAAACUAGAACUCAUUGUAUUUUUGUUCCUUCAUUUUCCUCUCAGAAACUUGUUUCUAAGAACUUUUCUGAAGAGAUCCGAGCAGCAAAAGAUAUUGAGACUUUCCUUGAACGGCCCACUUUACUUCUUGGACUCCAAGAGACAAGCUUAGAGGGGAUUGUUGAUGCUAUGUUAAAGAAAAUUAUUACUGAUUCUGAAGAUGAGGACAUAAAUUUUGAAGAUGCCAGAAUUGCCUUUUUCACUCAAGAUUCAGGUCAGACAAAAUAAAUUUUCACCAGCCUGACAGGUGCUGGGGAAAUCUCUAUCUAGUGUAUAAUACCGAUAAUGUGUAUUGGCUCAAGGACAGCAAAUUGUCUAGGUGCUUUUCAACUUCUGAAAAACAGUGCUCAGGUGAUUUCUGGUUCAAACCAUUAGCAAAAAUACAUUUUGCGCAUAUAUGUCAUGGUUUAAUAAAUUAUAUCUUAAGUUUUAUUUUUGUUUUUCUUUGUUGUAGGGAAUGUUAAUGUACAUGUAUGAUAAUGAGACAGAAAAAUAAACAAAGAAGGAUAAAACUGAACCACAACUCAUAAUGAUAUAGUUCAUACUGUACGAUGUACUGUUCUUUUUUUUCUUGCAGUUCAUUGUUUGUCACAAAUAAUUCAAGGAACUGAGAUAUCUGAAGGAGGAGGUUGGGAGGAAACUCAGAAUUGGCUCAUUGCUCUGUAAGUUCAGAAUUUUUUUUAUUGAGUAUCCAGCUGCUAUACCCCAAAACUUCAAUAUACGACAACGCCGUAAAUGUAAUUCCUUGACUGUCAAACAAAAACAUUGUUUUAACCUUGUAUCGCCAUAUCCAGUCAGGUCUCCAGACUAAUUGUUGUGAUUAAUUUGCUUCAAAAGCUGAUGUUUAGCAUCAUGAAACAGACAUUGAAUCAUUCAGUUCAUUGUGGUCUCAUGUUCCAAUGGGUAAUAACUUGUUUUAAUGUUACAGAGGAGAGCUACCAUCAGUACAACAGAGUCAUGUUGCUAUAGCUCAGUUGAAGCACCCUGUUAAUCUAGGAAGGACAUUAGAGGAAACUCACUUAGUGGUACUGGUUCUUGCACCAAGAAAAACAGUAAGUACCUGUUUUUAGUGGAGAUGAUAUUAAUGAGGGUAAUGAUGAUGGCAAUGAUGGUGAUGAUGGUGGUGGCAGUGAUGGUAAUAAUGUUGAUAGAUGAUAAUCAUUGGUGAAGAUGUUGUUAGGAGUGAUAACAUUGGUGGCAGUGAUGGUGAUGAUAGUGAGGAUGAUAAUCCCAGGGGCCCCACUCACAUAUUGUAAUGAUGGCGGGGUCCGACAGAGGUUCAUAUUUUAUACCCCCAAAAAUCCCAACUUCAGAAUUUUUCUACCCAAAAAAAUCCCUACUUUUUUUAGCAUACCCAAAAAAAUCCCUCAGUGUUUUUGCAUCAGCAAAUUUUAUUAUUUAUCUUCUGGAAAUCGAAAACAUGCCAACUUCAACAAAGUAAUUAAUUAUUUUUCACAUAGAUUACAAUCUCAGAAAUAUCCCGUAGUACCACACAAGCAGUAAAUUGCCCUGAUGUUAUUGUUGAUUUGAGCUGAUGAAAAAUGCAAUACCCCAAAAAAACCCUGUGUUGUUUUCGCGACCCAAAAAAAUCCUUUGGACCCCCCCGUCAUUAAAAUAUGUGAGUGGGGCCCCUGGGAUGAUAAUGGUGGUGAUGCUGUUGGCAGUGAUGAUGAAAAUGGUAGUGAUGGUGGUAGCAUUGAUGGUGACAUUGGCAGUGAUGAUAAUAGAGUAUUUAAGUGUGACGUCAUAAAAAACUAAAUUUGUGUCAGGAUAUUCUGAAAGAACAACAUCCAAGAGGCCUACUUGACAAGAACUAGCAUUGUGGGGCAAAUUGUCCCUGAGAUAUUAGCCCAGUUAUGCUCUGAUGACUCCAUACAAAUCCUUCUAAGUUUGACAUGGGUCUAAACAUUUAGACACAAGUCAGAUUAAGAAGGAUUUCUUUCAGAAUAUCUUGACAAAUCCCCUGAUUUCACAAAUUUAAUUUUUAUGAUGUCAUCACUUUAGAACUCUAUGGUGGUGAUAUUGUUGGCAGGUUUGAUGAAAAUGGUGAUAUUGUUGUUGGCAGUGAUGAUAAAAAUGGUGAUAUGAUAGUGGUGGGGGAACUGAUGAUCAUGGUGCUGAUGAUAUUGAUGAUGAGGUUGCUGUUGGCAAUGAUGAGAAUGAUGGUGAUGAUGUUUGGCGGUACUGAUUAUGACAAUUGUAGUGAUGGUACUGAUGGCAAGGUCAGUGAUGAAGCUGAUGUUGAUUCAAUUUUUUUCUCCUAAUAUUUUCCUUUUCCUUGUAGAAAAAAACCAAGAACUCAGUAGAGACAGGAAGAACAUUUGCAACUCUGCUUUGUGAUAUGGAGACGAGACAGCUACUAAUAGAAGUGGAGACAGAGGAGCAGUUCAAAGUAAUGAUAUUAUUAAUUAUUGUUACUUAUUUAUUCACAAUUCAUACUAGACUGAUAUUAUUGGUACUAAGAAGUUAGCAGUGAAAACUGGUAACAAAGGCCAGGAAGUGAAAAGACCACACCAUAUCUUGUGUGUUCCCUUUCUUUUGGCCUCUCUGCCCUAAUCCCUGGACAGUGAAAAUUUUCACUUCAGCAAUCUGUGUGUUGCUUAUUCCUCCCUGGAUGGGAUAUUGUUAGUCCAUUGUGAGGGUUGUCCCCAGCAGUAUGUCACUCCAGGUACCCCUUUACCUAGGGGUAGGGGCAGGGGACUCCCUAUAAUGGUCUAUAAGGUUAGGCUCCAACAAAAAGGGGUACCCUUUUCAGGGUUCUCAUAUAUGAAAGGGUAGGGGUUUCAUACAUUAGAGUAUGUAAGGAGGGUAGGGAAAUCUCUUGGUAUUUGAAAGGACCAAAAAGGGCUAAAAGGCACAUUUCACAGGUGUGAAAGAGACAAGAAAACUGCCUGCUUUAUUCAUAUCAAAAAGAUGGUGCAGAUACAGGGUUCUAAACUAGGUAUGAGAAAGGGGUAACAUUUGUCAGUAGAAGGUAUAUGGAAGGCUGGUACGUUUUCUGUCAAAAAUGAUGUAUGUAAACCUCAUGGAGGCCUCCCUCCCCACGCAAGCAAUUUAAACACCUGGGCCCAGUUGUUCGAAGGCCGAUUAGCGUUUAACCCGGGGUUAAAUUUAACCCUGGUUUCUUUUUCUUGUGUUCAAAAGCAUUUUCUCGGAUAAUUUUCUCUGUUAUUUUUAGAGCUUCCAAUCAUCAACUUGUAGACAAAAAUAAUUAAAACUGAAAUGCUUUUUAAGCUUUCAAAUCUGAAUUCAAAUCUCACACUAACCCUGGGUUAUCUUAACCCGGCUUUGAACAACUCGGCCCUGGGUGAAGAGAGACAUUGUGAAGCAAAGUCUUUUGUCCAUGGAAGCAAUGUAAUGGCCACACUUGGACAUGGACCUGCAGAUCUGAAGUUUGAGGUGAUAACUGUACAGCCAGCAAAUCUCACCUCUAUCCAAUGGGCCCCUAUAUUAGUCCCUGCCUUUCUUCAGUCCUUUUCUGUAUUCUUUUUACAGAAAGUGUUGGUUGAUCGUGCCAAUAAGCUCUCAUCAAUGCCACAGCCAAGGCAGAGGCCAUCAAAGAGACAGCUCACACCUCAUACCAAGUCCUCCUUUGUUCAUCAAAAAGAAAGUAGAAAGGUAUCCAAACUUAUCUUAGCCUUUACUAUUUGGAUGAUCCCACCUUGCUCUCUAUUUUGUUGUUACAAUUUUUCUUUUAUUCCUUAGUUGUACUGUGUUUAUUUGCUUAUGAAAAUUUAACCUUUAUGUCAUGUAAAACUGAGCUGAGUGUAAAUUUAUCAUCUUGUCUUGUCUUGUCUUAUUUACUUUACGUACUGCUACAUGUACAGUAGGUAUUACCUGAGUCUUCAUCAUCAUCAUGUCUCUCCUUGCCAGAGGUCCCAUAAGGCCAUCAGUUUCUGUAAUAAGUGACUUUUUAAACUUCAUCAAACUGACAUCAUCUUCAUUGGUUUCUAUAACAAGUGACUUUUCAAACUCCAUCAAACUUCAUAAUCAUCCAGUUGCCAUAGACCUGUUCAGUGUGGUUGCAUGGCCCUACCAGCAAUACAAGACUCCAGCUAACAUAAUAAUUAUUAUUCAAUUAUUAGUAGUAACUAAAGGGGUCAUGGAGACAUGCGACCCAGUUCAUCAUGAUAAGAGGGUGAUCCCUACUGAUGCAGACAUUCAAUUUAGACAAUGUUAUAAGGAACCUGUGAAUGAAGCUGUUGUUUUUACCCUUAAAAUAGGACUCUGAAAUGUGUAGUUUUGGACGAGGGCUUAUCAGAGACCUCAGAAGAAGAUGGCCACAUUAUUUAUCAGAUUUUAAGGAUGGUGAGUCAAAACAAAACUUCCCAUUAUUUUACUGUUGUUCUCUGAGGCUCAUUGUGAGUAUUAAGACUCCUGAUUUUUGAGGGCUUAGAUGCAAAUCAGAGAAAGCAUGUAAACAACUGCAGAUGGUUCAGGGGAUCCUAUAAACCUGGCAAGGUGCAAAUGGGCAGGGUUCCUUUUACAUGUAAGCUCCAUCCACUGGUAAAAAUUGCAGUCUAGUCGUCAUGGACAUUAAAGAGAAUAAUAAAUCUGCAGGGUUGUCACUAAGAUUUCAAGUUGCUGGGUAAAUACAACAAGUAGGUGGGGAAUCAAACAGCUAGGGAUUUCUUUUGGUUCUAUGUUUGUUCUAUUUUCCAGUAGCAGCAGGCCACUCUCUUAGUAGCCGGGGAAAAUCCCCGGCCCCUGGCUCUUAAUGACAACCCUGAAUCUGU